AUGGUAAUUGAGGCUCAAUUACUCUACUGUGAAUGUUCGUGUUUCAGGUUCAGACGACAACUCUCGUGAAAGUGGCGGCGGGCGUGUUCGUCAUGGGCUCAACUGGACUCUAUCUCGCUCAAAAGUCCGUUCAGUGGAAAGUUCGGUCGUUACCGCACUACAACGAGAGUCUCAAAAUUGUGCUCGAGCACCCGAAAGCCUUGGUGAGUCCGCCCGAAGCAUCUGCUCACCGCUCACUCAAAUUAGCCGUUACAUAUCGAUUCUCUCUUCUUCAGGAAGCCAUUGGAGCACCGAUUUCAGUUGGCAGUGUGGAGCUCUCCGAUCGACGUCACAACUACGUGGACAAAAAGAAAAGCAGGGUUGGUUUUUGUCAAUUCAUUUUUUUUUUGAAUUAUUCUUUUUUCAGUUGCGGAUCCCAGUGACAGGUGUGGUUGAUUGUGGUUUCAUGGAUGUGCUGGCAGUUCGGGAAAGCGAGAAGGAGGCUUUCGAGACUGCGAAAGUGCAACUUCUUCUGAAUGACGGAAUCUUCACAAUUUUCGAUACGGGACGAUGGAAAGAAGAAGAGAAGCAUGAUGAUUAA